AUGCUGUUUCAGGAGAUUUGUAGACGAAAAAUUGGUUGGGAUGAUUCAAUACCGGAUGAGAUCGGUAGGCAGUUGGAGAGAUGGUUGGCAGACUUACCUCAGCUGAAGAGUCUAUCAGUACCCCGUUGCAUCAAACCACAAGGGUUUGGUACUAGCACUACAGUUCAGCUACAUCAUUUCUGUAACGCCUCAGAGAGGGGAUAUGGCGCGGUGACUUACCUGCGGCUACAGGAUGUUGAUGAAAGAGUUAGCUCUUGCCUGCUAAUGGCCAAGGCCAAGUUAGCACCUCUGAAGAAAACCACCAUUCCACGUCUGGAACUUGCUGCUGGUGUUGUCUCCGUCAAACUAGACGAAAUGAUUCGAAGAGAGUUGUUGUUGCCUCUGCAAGAAAGUGUUUUCUGGAGCGACAGUAUGAUUGUGCUUCACUACCUCAGGAACGAGGACAAACGCUACCAGACCUUCGUGACCAAUCGCAUUUCCAGGAUACUGGAGCUCUCCAAGGCAUCGCAGUGGAGAUAUGUUGACUCCAUGUCUAACCCGGCUGAUGAUGUCUCGAGAGGUUUAACAGCUAUCGAUUGCGGAAAGCGGUCGCUUGGAUACUUCGUGCAAAGGCAAUUCUCCUUCACCGGAUUGGGAAAGGAAAUUCAGUUUCAGAGCCAUCUCAGCCACUCACGGUAG